UACACAUUUAGAAAUGGGUGGGCUGUUUAUUUCUUUUUAGGAGGAUUAGUUUUGAACAUAUUAGACAGUAGAGUAAUACGUACAUUUAGACCCUUGUAAACCCUUUCUUCUUCAUCAAUCAAUUGUAAACCCUAAUCUCCUUCAUCAAAUCAACAUGAUAUUCAAGCAAAUUAGGCAAGGGAAACACUUUUACGAUUCAGCCACUCAAGCUAUUGCUAGAAAAAUCCAAAAGGAAGCAGCAGCUCAUCCCAAAUUUAGAUCCACUAUCAUUUCAGCAACAAACAGAUGCAACGUGGCCAUAAAUUGAGCUAACAAAGUCAACCUAUUUGUCAAAUUGAAGCCUCUAAGUGAAUCCCAAACCAUAAGCGCUGUUGCAAAACUGGUUGCUGAUGAUUUCCUUGGUUUGGAACAUCGCAAUCAUGAACGGUUUGCGGCGUCGGAAAGAAGACACAUAGAUCUACGUCAUAUACGAAAACCACAAUCAAAUUGCUUCUAUAUUGGCUCAGGUAUAUUUCUUUUAAUCAGCCACAGAAUCUGAUUUUGCAUAUGUAUUUUCGUCACUUUCUUCACAGCUUACAUGUCUGUGGUAGAAAAUUCAUAUCUCAAUGUAGGAACGUCGAAAUCAUGAUCCGCUUGAUGUUUCGGAAACUAGACUCGUAGAGGAACAUCGCAAUCACGAACGGUUUGCGGCGUCGGAAAGAAGACACAUAGAGCUACGUCAUAUACGAAAACCACAAUCAAAUUGCUUCUAUAUUGGCUCAGGUCUUUGGGCGCAUCUGUACGUAUUUUAAUUUAAACAAUGAUGAUGCACUUUCGUGAUCGCGAUACGCCGCGUCCUCAUCUAGAGAUAGUGAGCGACAAACGAAAUCCGAACGCCAAAGUCCUUGCCUUGGAGGUUCAACCUCCAGUGAUCGGUGCUUUCUCACUUGACGGAGAGCUUUCUACACUUCAUCUUGCUGAAUGGUCUAAAAAGGAGACCAAAGACGUCAUGAGCCACUUCUCAGGAAAGGCCACUGUUAUGGACGUCCCUCUGUUGAAGUCCGCAAUUCAUCGAGAAGUCGUGCCCACUGAAUCUUCUCAUCCCAAUGGAUGUUUCAACAACUGGAGUGUCCCGCCUUCUGGUUUCGGAAAAGUUUGCUACACACCCGGCUACUGGGAGUGGGUGGAAGAUGUGCUUCCUCGCUAUAAGGUAGUCUUGGAGCGUGUCAAAGUUUACGAUGCCAUCUACGCUUCUUUGUUUACAUAUGAUUAUGAUGACAACGUACUGCAUGCAUUUUGUGAGCUUUGGCGUCCGUCUACCAAUACGCUUUCCACUUUCGUCGGGGAGAUGUCUAUCUCGCUUUGGGACUUACGAACAAUUGCAGGACUUCCCAUUCACGGAUCUUUUUAUGAUGAAGUUGUUCCUUCGGCGAAAGAAUUGACGCAAAUGGACAAUCAGGGGAAACCAUGGCUCCCCAAGAGCUGUCUAUACUUGUUUUCAGCCUUUUACAAACUUGCCGAAGGUGGCCGCCAUGAGGUGUCCAUCCAUGAUUGGGUGAAAUUUUGGUUUAGAGGACCAAGCAGGUACGCGGAACCUCCACAAAAGGCGUCGAAAGGUCGUGCAACGAAGCCAAGAUUGAAUCACAAUCCUUCCGGGCAUAUUGACAUGAAUUACUUACCACGAACCGAUGAGGAGCAUGCCCCCUUCGUCGAGCUAGGAGUGGAAGAUUUACUUAGAGAUGAGACGAAUUUGUCGGCUUUCCUAACAUGUUGGCUCUGCAAGUUUGUUCUCUCCCAUAAGAAAAUUGAUUAUGUGCGUGCUAGCAUUUUUAAAGUGGCGAGCUUGAUGGCUCAUGGAGAGAAAUUCUCUUUGGCAGUCCCAGUCCUUGCGAGCAUAUAUCGGGGCUUGAGAGAGAUCUCUACUUCUCCAGACUUGAAGCAGGGGGAUAUAAUUUUCCCCAUACACUAUGUAUAUGGCUGGCUAGGAGAAUAUUUUAAGACCCAUCAUCGUGCUAAUCACUCACAUCGGAGUAUACCUUUAUGCAAGAUUUUUGGCGAGAAGAUGGCCAAAUACUUCAAUUUUUCUGACGCCCGAAAGUUAUUUCAACAAGAUGAUGCCCGCCACCUCCAUCAUUUGGCGUUGCUACAAGGUAGGGAAUUAUACUUCACCGAUACUGGCGAUCUCUCAGAUUCAUGGAACGAUACUAUCAUAAGCCUUCGUUCGAGCUAUGUUACACUUAGGCAUGAUGCGGAUCUCAUCGUGGAGUCCUAUAGCCCUUAUAGGUUUAGCAGACAAUUUGGUUUUUGUCAAGACAUCCCUGGAGACCUCAUGGAGCGACCAUACGAUGGCACAUUGCUAACACUAGCACAACUUUGGAAUUCUUCAAUUCGCCUUGGAACCUCUUCAAAAGUCAUAAUUCCGGUGCGCCCAUCAGAAGGUAGUUCGCCUUUAAUGACUCGUGAGUACAUGGAAUGGUGGCUAGCCAAUCGGACAAAUCCAUCAGAAAUGAGUCCUCGAAUUAUUUCACAAAAAUCAAAGCAAGAUCAUACACCUAUGUUGUCCAAAAGAGGUCCGACUCGAAUGAAAGAAAAAUCGCAUCCUUCUUCUAAGUCCGAGGUGCAACUUAAUGAUACUCCGUAAGCUCAUGAAA